ACAUAUAACAAUAAACAAACCACUGCACGCACUAGCUAAUAGCUAUGAAGCUUCCCAAACUCACUUCUUUCUUUCUCAUCUUCAUCUUCGUUUCUUCUUUUUUAACUCAAGCAAGAAGAUUGCAAGAGAAUUAUGAUGAGGAUGAGCUGAAGAAGGCAACUUAUAAGCCAUUAAUAUCAUCUGCAACUUACAACGGAAAGCUUCCAGCUGCUACCGGUGAUUUCCUCUUGACGCUGCGUUUGGAGGUUCCAACAUCGCAGGAUUCACAAAGCUUCUUUGAGCGCUUCAAUGGCGUAGUCGCCUACACGCUGACAUUGACUUCUUUAAGCUCAGGAGAGUUGGGAAGAGAAGCAAAGUCGCCGCCGCCUUCUCCGAAGCCGUCUGAUCCAAAAAACCCAACCAUUAUCCCCUCCAGUUUAAGCUCAGAAGAGUUCGGAAGAGGAGCAAAGUCGCCGCCGCCUUCUCCAAAGCCGUCGGAUCCCAUAAACCCGACUAUUAACCCAUACAGUUUAAGCUCAGAAGAGUUGGGAAGAGAACCAAAGUCGCCGCCGCCUCCUCCGAAACCGUCUGAUCCAAAGAACCCAACCAUUAUCUCCUCCGGUCAAAGCUCGGCCGGAGAGUUUGGAAGGGAGGAAAAGUCGCCGCCUCCGGCCCCGAAAACAGACACCCCAGACCACCCAAAAAUUACCACCUCGAGUAGUUAUGGACGGACGGCGAGACCGCCGCCUCCGGCUCCAAAGCCAGCGGCGCCAAUCCACCCUGGAAACAGCGGCGUACAAGUGAUUUCAAUGGCGGACGACUCAAGUGAUUUCCUGGCAUCAGCCUGAGCUCAUGUACUAUGAUCUCAACGACAUAUGCUUUUGUGUUUGAGUAUUAGAAUAGCAGAUUAGAAUAAGAUAACUGUUGUAGUUUGUUUGCAAAUUAUGGUUUCAGUACUAUUUCAUAUUAUGUUUGAGCAUGUAAACCUUAAAUAAAAGGUGUUACAUCUUAUUAUUAAAUUAAAUGUGUAAUAUUAUAUUAUUUCAUCAAUUACAUGUUUUUACAAUAA